AUGUCUUUCUACGUCCCUCCAAACCAGCAGCGCAAUUUGCGCGCCUGCAUGGUCUGCUCCGUUGUCCAAAUCCAUAAUAAAUUCAUGCGUGAAGGUUGCCCGAACUGCGAAAGCACCCUCCAACUCCGCGGAAACAACGAUGCCAUCCAAGAAUGUACCUCCCAAGUCUUCGAGGGCCUAAUUGCCGUUCGAGAUCCGGCCGCAAGCUGGGUCGCUCGCUGGCAGCGACUGGAUAACUACGUGGCGGGCACAUAUGCGACCAAAGUGACAGGGACGGUGAGUGACCAUCCUGUGAGAGCGAAUUGGGAUCCAUUGGGAGAUCGACGCACUCUAUAUCCUCCCGUCCAAUACAGACUCGCUAAUUCCGUCUUUCGCAUCACCAGCUUCCGGAAUACAUCAUCAACAGUCUAG